GCUCUCUUGCUUGUUUCGUAAGUACAUGCUGGCAAUCCUUUCAUCGCCAAGGUCUCCGGGUCUCCGGAUGAUCGGACCUUAGCAAAUGGAAACAGGAAAUACAUAUAUGAUCCAUUCCCGACUUUUCCUGGUAAUCAUUGGCGUUUGUCUCCUCUCCGUUCAUUGUGGUGGAGGUAUCAAUCGGCCAAUCGGAUUGGAGAGAAGCCGAGAAUCACUCGAAGCUCAGAUUUAUCAAGGCUUAAUGGUCCGGCUUGUCUUACCCUUCUUGGAUCCCCCCUACCAUCGAAAUUUUCCACAAGUGUUUGAAGAAGACACAAGCUUGCAUGGCCAGCUUGAAGCUCCAGCGUCGUUAUCUCAAAAGUAUCCACUCACUAACUCGGAGAACCUUUCAAUCCCCACGUCCAGAAGUCAAAAAAAUGAUCCACCUUCGGGAUCUAACUCCAAACCUCGACAUCCUGUUGGCUCUGAGAGCUACAUCACUCGCUCUAAAAUCUCGACAGUCUUUCGGGAAUUGAUCAUGCUCCUGCCGCAAAAAAUCACCUCCUCUCUAUCAAUCCACAAGGUUUUGUCUCUUUACCGUGAGUCGGAGGCGCUCUCGGGAUUCCACAGAGAUUUGAACGAACAAUUCGAAAACAUCAGGAUGGUUGGGAGCGCAAAAGAUGUUGACAGCUUCUCAGAUACAAUGAAACUGAUAGAACAUAUUCAGCAGAAUAUCAAGAUUUUGAAGCAAAUAAGACUUUUAGAACUGGGGAGAUGCGAGUGGGAAGAAUCAUAUCUGAGUCUGAUCAGCACAUUAAUUCCAGGAAUCGAACGAUCCAAAGACUAUUCCUGGGGAACCUAUCGAUUGGGUGUCGAGAAAGAACUGCAAGAUAUUGGUAAUUCAAUAUUAGAUAGGGUGAAGAUGAGAAUACUGCUCGAAUCAGAUCUAGAAGCAAGUAUCCGGACACUGGACUUACCACCGAUUGACGAGAUACGUGGAAAGAUGUAUGGGUUCAAGGUGGUUGAUUUCUUGUUCGACUGUCGGUUCAUCGAUCUCGAAAGUUUAUCCAGCUUCUUUCGGGACGAGAAAGUGGCUGAGCAGGUGAUCUUCUAUUCGAAUGUGCGCAUCUGGCAGGCUAAAGGUUAUGGGAUCUUGCGGCAAGGAGGAAGCUUUACAGAUGGUCUUGACUGGCUAACUUGGAAUCAGUCCUUCAAAGCUAUUGAUAGAAAUGGUAAACGGAUCAUACAACGUUUGUUCUUGAAGAAAAAAAUAGAUUUGAUCAAGUCAACUGCUCAUAAACCAGCACCACUCAAGCGACCUAAAACCAGUCAUUGA